AUGGCAUCUGCUCACUCCCUCGGCGCCGUUUCUGUUCUCGCUGCGCAGCAAGGAACACUUGCUCCAUCUCCUUCCUCUACUGCUCUCCACUGUAUUUCUUCUCUUCCAUUUAAACCUCGCGAGCCCUCUGUCUUCCCUAACCUUCGCAGGGUAGCGCUAAAAGGAAAGGCGCAGUCAAAAGAAGGUGAAGUAAGUCCUGUGGGAGACACGUUGAGUAACCUCAAGCAUCUUCUUCUGCCAGUGAUUGAUCCGAAUCCUUAUCUUUCCGAAGGCACCAGGCAGGCUGCUGCAACAACAACUAGUCUGGCAAACAAGUAUGGAGCUGAUAUCACAGUCGUAGUGAUCGACGAAGAAAAGAGAGGAGAAGCAUCUUCGGAGCACGAGACUAAAGUAUCCAACAUCCGAUGGCAUCUAGCCCAAGGUGGGUUCGAGGAGUUCAAGCUGUUGGAGAGGCUUGGGGAAGGCAAAAAGGCGACGGCGAUCAUAGGAGAGGUGGCGGAUGAGAUGAGGAUGGAGCUGGUGGUGCUGAGCAUGGAAGCCAUCCACUCUAAGUUCAUUGACGCCAAUUUACUUGCUGAAUUCAUCCCUUGCCCCGUCCUUCUCUUGCCCUUAUGA